AUGGGCAGCCCUAACAAAGGCACCUUAAACGUCAAGAAAAUUCCAGCCAUCCACAACAAUGACAUCAAAGUCACCUUGUUGAUGAGAAAAGUGACCCUGAAUGCCAGUGUCUAUGUCAGACUGCAGAAAGAAAGACAGAUUGCCAAACAGAUUGCCCGCUACCCUGUUGUACGAAGCGAAAUUCGCACAUUUUCCUUUGAUGGGCGUACCACCCAGUGGGAACAAGACAAUGUGUUUGUGGGUCGAUUUCCUGAUCGAGUGAUCGUCGGAUUAUUGCAUUCGGAUGCCUUCAAUGGAGACCUAGAAAGAUACCCUUUUGCCUUUCAAAAGUUUGGUGUCACCCAAGUACGACAGACCUUGAAUGGAGAAGAAUACCCUUACAGAACCCUGCAAUUGACUGGAGACCAAGCCUAUGAAGAUCUGCUGGGCUACGAUCGAUUUCUACAAGCCAUGGGUGCUUACAAUGAAGAUAAGAUCCCCAUGCUGCUGCCUGGUGAUUGGGGACAAGGCAAGAACUGCACGUUGUUCAUGUUCAACAAUGUACCCAGUGGAAAAGCAGAUGACCCCCAGUAUCGCAACCCCCGUCAAUCGGGCAAUACGCGACUGGUGAUUGAUUUUGCUGCAGCUGUCGGUCAUAACGUCACUAUAUUUGUAUGGAGCGAGUAUGAAAACAUGUACGAGAUCAAUCAUCUGGGAGGUAUAAAAUACAACAUCAACGGAUGAGAUGGCCUCAGAAGUCAAAAGACAUCAGUCAUGGAGUUUGUGGCGCUCAGUGACACUGUGUUGCGGACCCUGGCCUUGGAGGAUCCUGAAUUACGACGCGUGUUUCAUGGGGUGCACCCAGCCGACCAACUCCCUCGAUCCCCCGCCACGAGUAUCCGUCAAGCCUACAUUGUCAACACGGAUCCAGCAGGAGAACCGGGACAGCAUUGGUUGGGUCUAUGGACAGAAAAGAACCAGUGCGAGAUCUUUGACAGUUAUGGUCUACCCCUGCACGUGUACACCAACCCAGAGUUGCACCAAUGGUGGGGUCAAUGGAAGUACCUGACGCGCAGUGACCAGACCCUGCAAGCCCUGGAUAGUCAAACCUGUGGCCAUUAUGCGUUAUUUUUCUUGAAAGCCCGGGCGCAAGGACGGUCGUAUCAAGAAUUUUUAAGUCAAUGGAGUUGCGACAAUUUAGUGUUGAAUGAUCAAAAAGUGGCCGAGCAGUUGAAACGGGUGAUCAAACGGGAAUUGCAAGAUGAAGUCGAUGCCCGACCCGACGGGGGGCAAAAGAAUGUGAGCCGUCAGGCCUUUAUCACUUGUAAUCAUUGUGAGUGUUGAAUAAAAAACCCAUAAAACGAAAUGUGUGGUCCACGAGUGGUCAUUGUAGUUCAUCAUGAUUACGCGAGCCGAUGUCCAGCGGGUGGUGGAUGCGUUCAUUCUCGAAGAAACCUUGUAUUGGUGGGAACACCCCAUCGAAAAGGUCAAUACGGUGCGAGGCAUCGAUGCCUGGGAUGGGUAUCAUUGGUUAGUGGCUCGACAAUUGGCACAAGACCAAGAUUGGGUCUCCCUCAAACAGUAUAUGGACAGUAUGAGCGAAACGUAUUUAAGAGAAACCAUGGAAGGACUGAUCCAGUCCGAAUCGCCCCGCUUAUACCGUGAGUAUUGGACAGCAUGCCCAGACGACGACGACGACGACAGCGCACCCGACGACCCCGCUUUCGCCAAAACGGACGAGGCAUCAUGAGCGUGCUGGCCAAAGCCUAUAAAAUCGGUGACCAAUUGGGACGGGACAAACGGUAUAAACGCAUGGGUGCUAAAGGGGCCACCGGUCAUUAUCGACGUCACCCUCGACCGUGGGAAUCAUGAUCCGACAACCCAGCAGUGUGAUCAUCGCCGGCCCGUCGGGUAGUGGCAAGAGUGAAUUAGUGGAACAAUGGUUACGGUACCUGAACGUCUUUCAAGUCAAACCCCGCAAGAUUGUGUAUGCCUAUGAUCGCUGGCAACCCCGAUUUGAGCGUAUGCAAAAGGAGGGGAUUCAGUUUCAUCGCGGAUUACCGGACCCUCGUCAUUUGACGCAAUGGUUUGGUCGGACACGCGGCGGGGUGCUGGUCUUGGACGACCUGAUGGAAGAAGGGGGACAAGACAAGCGCGUGUUGGAUUUGUUCACCAAAGAUUCGCAUCAUCGCAACAUCACGGUGCUGUAUUUGACGCAAGAUUUAUUCCCGCCGGGUAAAUUUUCCAAGACCAUCAAUCGCAACGCGCAUUACAUUGUGGCGUUCAAAAACCCCCGGGAUCAAACAGGGAUACGGACGAUUUUAUUGCAAGCCUUUCCGGAUCGGUGGCGUCAAGUCUUGCGCCUAUUUAAACGCAUCACGUCCCGCCCCUUUGGCUAUUUGAUGUUGGAUGUACAUCCGGCGUCGGAUGAUCGCUACCGCCUGUGGAGUCAUUUAACGCCUCGAGAAGGCAAAGCGCAAGUUCACACCUUGCGUGCGGAUGUCCCUGCCGUUCGACAACGCCCUGCAACGAGAACUCGCCAGGGUCCGCCGGCAAAGAGAAGGCGGACAACAUACUGAGUUAGCCGCUCGCAUGGACACACACUCGCCCGCGGGGGUGGGCUCCCCCUCGGUCCUCCGGGAUCUCAGCAGCAUGACAGACAUGGUGGCCGAAUUGUCUCGACCCGUGGAUCGAGUCCAAUUGGAGCAAGACAUUGACGAUUUCAAUUUGACUUACCCGGUCAAUGUAGACGAUGCCUUGAAUGCAUUCACGCUCCCGCCCGUGGCAGGCACGGGCACUGCCCCCGCCACCACCACGGUACCACCCACCAUCACUACCACCACAGCUGCCCCAACCCGAACUCGCCCCACCAGUCGACCACGACCCGUCACGUCCACUCGAACACGCCCCGCCACUACCGCCACGACCACCACCGCCCCUUCCCGCCCCUCCACCAGCCGCCGCAGUGCCGGGGCAGGGACCAGGACUACCACCUCCACGGUGACGACCCCCACUGGACGCCCCACCAUCGCCGCCAAACAACCGCGACGGCGCCCCAGGGUGCCCUCCCCACCAUCCCCUGGUUCGUCCCCUCCGUCCGAUGAUGAGGAUGGCGAUGAUGAUGACGAUCGACGGCGAGGGUUAAGGCGACGGUUGGAUUUGCUCAAUGAAGAUGCUCAAGAACGGGCACGAGGACGACGGAUUCGCAACAUCACGCACACCAAUACUGUGACGACCGUGUAUGAAGAGGGGGGUCGUCCCUCGGUGCGCCGCACGUCCACCCGAACCUCCAGCCCAAGUCCACCCAGACCAUCACGUCGAGGACGGGGCCGUGGCCGUGGCCGAGCACGCGGACGGGGUCGAGCCCGUGGACGAGGAGGCAGUUCUUCCUAAAAAGGUAUAAAAACCGUGACUUUUCUUCCAUCGUCCCAAAAAAUGCGAUGGGUCCUCGACGCAAACGCCAACGCAGGACGACACGACGGCGACCCGCCAAACGACGACGGCGUGUGAGUCAAGUGGGGGGUGUCGCGGCCAGUCUGCCUAUGGGCAUUCUCAAAGCCGGUUAUGGAAUCACCAAAGCCAUCGGGGAUCAUCAAACCAAACGGGCCAUCGCCAUUGGCGAAAAACGUCGACGGGAAGUGGCUUCAGGCAACGGAAAAAAUAUGCGGGGGAAUCGUUCAAUUGCUCGAUUAUGUGAAAAAAAAAGAGUAUAAAAGGUUAGAGGCGCGUCCUCCAUUGGACAGAUCAUCAUGCACUGUGGUCCACGACGACGAAAACGACGCCGAAAACAACGAGGGGGUAUUCUCCCACUUCUCAUCCCCGCGGCUGUGGCUGCCGCCGUCCUCAUGAAGAAAAAGAAAAAAAAAAAAAAGAUCAGUGCAGCGCAAAUGGCAGCCAAUAAAAGACGGGUCCAGCGGAUGUUUAAUCGAAUGCCGGGUUGGGGCGGCUUUGAAACGCUGAAAAGGCUAUAAAAGAAACGCUUGGUUGGACACACGAUUCCCAUUAAGGAUGGUCCGUGGACCCAACGGUCGCCGACAUCGUUAUGUCCCUCGAAAACGACGCCGACGACGUGGUUUGCAACGCGGCGCUAAGCUCCCGCUUUUGGCAAUGGCUCUCUCGCCUUUGUGGCUCAGGAAAUACAAACCCAGAAUCCGUCUACGACGCCCAGACUAACCCUCAUCGCCCUCAACGCAAAGCCGUCACGUUUGCGUUGGAUUGGGACGACCAGUAUGAAGCGGCUUUGUGUGCACGGUGUCGACAUCACAUGCAACGGCAUUAUCAUGGCGAAUUGUGUGGUCGGUGUGGCGCCAUUUUUACCAUAAAUAGACCUUGGUCCCUGCCUGAACUCAAGAUUCAUCAUGGGGUGGCGCAUGGAACGUCAAGCCCCGUUCUUGAAAAGUGUCUUACAAGAAGCCAAUCAACACAAACGCCAAGAAUUGUUGCGGAUGGCCAAUGCGGAUCAGAUCAAUGCGGUCAGUGAAUUGGUGAUGAACACGCUGCGUGGCACGGUGCCCCGUUCCCGACAGACCAUUACGUUGCUCAAACCUCACGCCCAGAGUUUACGCGCUAUGGCCAAACCCGCCCAUUCCGUCAAACGACGACGCGCCAUCAUGAUGGCUCAAAAAGGAGGUGCCCUCUGGCCCGAACUCUACCGAUGUUAUAAACGUUGCAUGCGCUAGACCCGACCCCUCAGUUGCACCAUGGAACCCGAGAUGGUGAGCACCACGGUGAACAACGCCCCGGCUUUUUUACAAUUACGAGACCAGUACAAACAAGAAUUGGUGGAAGAUACUCGCUUGACCAAAGCCGCCGAUUUGGCCGCCAAACAACAUGUCCUCCUGACCAGUGAUGCCCCUGAUGCAUGGAAACGGCCUCAACUCAAAGCCGUCAGCCGUCAAUUACGCCAUUGGACCAAAAAAGUGCGCCAACCGUUUGGAGCCCCAGCUGGGGGUGUGAGUGCCGCAGGAGCCACGACGCCGGGCGAUGAUGAUUUUGAGGCGGGCCCCAUGCAAGCCUGGUUUACGCAAUUGGUCAAGGCCACCCAGGGUAUAAAACAAGGCACCCCGACUGGUGGACCCAGAAAACCCCCUGUCCCGCCUAAACCAAGGUUCACCCCUAGUGCUAAAAAGAAACUCAAGUUCACGACCCCGUUGAGCAGUGAAGAAUUGGCGGACGAGUUGCCCUUUUCCGAGGCGCCUGGAACAGCCCCGUGGGAAACCCCUAAAGAACGUGCAGAUACCAUUACGCAAUCAUUUAAGCGCGGGAUUCGCAAAAGAGCCGCGGACAGUGCCAAAAAGAAAGCUGCGGGCAUCGCCAAAAAGAAAGCCGCUGGUUGGGCCAAGAAAGCCUUGGAUUGGAAAUCGUGGAAAACCCCCUAA